AUGGCCUCAGAAGAGGCAAUUCCGCCUGACGAUGCUCUUGUUCCAGAAACUGAAACUGAAUCGACUCAUCGUGGCUCUGCAAGUACCAUCACGGGACGCAGAAGCUCCACGAUGUCUGACCUUGCCCCAGCACGAUCCAAUUCACUACAUCCAUCCCGCUCAAGGUCUUCUACGGCUAGUGGAUUUUUAAAUUUCAUCUAUAACGGUUCCAAAACGGGACUUGUUCCUGAAAAACAGGAAAAGAAUAGGUUUGUGUCAUUAUUCAGACUCUUGAUCCUAGAGCUCAAUCUACCGAAACCUGGCCAUAGCAAACAGAAAGACUUGAGGCAUGAAGAAGAGCAGAAACAAGCCUAUGAACAGCUCACUAAUAUGGUCAAAGUUCCGUUAUAUUUAGAAAGGUUUAUAAUAUUUGGGCUUUUAGUUUGUCUCAACUCCUUUCUUACACUUUUUACAUUGGUUCCCCUAAAGAUCAUCAUCAUUUGCUACACUGCAUUCGCCGAUUUCGUCACUAAUCUUUCUCAGACAGGCAAAUCUGACUUUAGCAUAUUUACAAGAAAGCUUCAUUUUAUUAAGAGAGACCUCAUUAAUGUUUUUGUGAUUAUCUCCACUGUGGCUUUGCUUUCUUCUCCAAGGGUCGAGGUAUCCCGUCUCUACCACGAUGUCAGAGGCCAAGCUCACCUUAAGUUGUACGUUAUCUUUGGUGUUCUAGAAGUGUUGGACAAAUUGCUUUCUUCCAUUGGACAGGAAAUCUUUACAGUUCUUGUUGGCAUCCCUGUCACCAACACAAGUUUCAGAAAUAUGAGCAAAUUGACUUUGUUUAUCGUCAUUUCACUCAUAUACUCUGUCAGCCACUCAUAUGUCUUGAUCUAUCAGUCUGUGUCGCUUCAUGUUGCUGCCAACUCGUACUCCAAUGCACUCAUGGCACUUCUUCUAUCAAAUCAGUUUGCUGAAUUGAAAGGUGCCGUGUUUAAGAAGUUUGACAGAGAAGGCUUGUUUCAAGUUGCCAUGUCCGACUUGACCGAAAGAUUUCAGCUUUCCUUGAUGUUGUUCAUCAUAUCCGUCAGGAACUUAGCCCAGUUGAACAUGACGCAAUUGGGUCUUGUCGUUCCAGAUAGUUGGAAAUCAUGGAAUAAAUGGUUUGGCGCCAUCUUCGGCCCCUCCAUGGUGGUUCUUGGCUCUGAAGUCUUUGUUGACUGGCUCAAACAUUGCUUCAUCAUAAAAUUCAACCGCAUUAAACCUAGAGUUUACAAGAACUUCCUAUAUGUUUCCAGUACUGACUUCAUGGAGGUUUUUACGCUAAACUCAAACACAUCAACACUGAAUGAGAUGUCUGACUACAUCAUUCUUGCUAAGAGAAUAGGGCUCCCGAUUCUAUCUCUUUCAAUUUGCUUCUUGAGGAUGACGUUACGUGACUUGAAACAGCUUUACGUGCCUUCUUUCAAUCUUCUGAGCAUUCUUGCUUGUGGCCUUUUAGCAGCUUUAACAUUCAUCACUUUGUUGGUGAUCAGGCUUGUCCUUGGUCUCUGGAUCUUGAAGUGGGCUAGAAGAAUCAAGCACAAUCAUGAAGCAUAUCAAAACGAGUUGGCUGCUGCGGCACUCACAAGCUCUCUAAUAUCCGAAGAACUGGCCGUGUCUUCUGUUCAAGAUAACUUUAGUCGAGAGUUCACUCCAGAAACAGACCCACUAUCUAUGAAGCCUUCACCUUUCGAUAAGUUCCGGCCCAGCGUCGACCCCAUAGACACAUCUUAUACGAGUCUGUAUAAGUUACUGGAGUGGUCGCCUAAUAGUCAAUCAAAUGUGCCUUCAACUACGUCGAGUGAUUCGCAGAGCGAGAUUGAGCAAUCAUUCAUCCCAGGUGUUCCAAAUACUGAGUCCUCGUCCAUCAACCCUCGAACAAGAGGAUUUCUUUACGAUCAUGGUGAACUGGUCCCACCUACCGGGGAGGAGAAGAGGAAUGAUUUGGUGAGAAAUAGAGCAAAGUUCGAUUCAAAGUUCUCAAGUCAUUCUGGUGAGGACGCUCUAAAAAGCGUUCAUAGAUACGAGAUGUCAAGCAAACGUAUCUGGUAA